ACAGAUUCUGAAAAAAAUCGAAAUACAUUUUCUUCUUCCUUCGUGGCGAUUACAAAAAUUUGAGAUUGUCAAAUUCAAGUAAUUGUUUGUUUCCAUGGCGAUGAGUCUGCCGCACCAGAUUGGAGCGAUUUCCGGCUCUCCGUUGGCGGCGGACUCGGGCAGCGCGUCCAGCGACGCGCCGCCGUCCACCUCCGUCAGCGCGGUGUGGAGGUCUCCCCUGACGACGAAUCUAUGCGUUUCUGUGCAGAGCAACGGCACGGAUGCGGACCGGGUGUCUCCGUCGCCGCCGUUGAGCCCGGUCCACGGCGGAGUGCGGCCGGACCUGUCUGUGGCUGCGCAGGCGCUGAUGACGCCGCCGGAGAGAGAGUACGCGGUGGGCGGAAGCAGGGCGGAGGAGGCGGGGAAGGGGGUGCCGGUGUACGUUAUGAUGCCGCUGGACAGCGUGACGUGGAACCACACGGUGAAUAGGAAGAAGGCGAUGAACGCGAGUCUGCAGGCGCUGAAAAGCGCCGGAGUUGAGGGGAUAAUGAUGGACGUGUGGUGGGGGUUGGUGGAGGCCGAGAAACCCGGUGAGUACAAUUGGGGCGGCUAUUCGGAGCUCCUUGAGAUGGCGAAGAAGCACGGCCUCAAAGUGCAGGCGGUGAUGUCGUUUCACCAGUGCGGCGGAAACGUCGGCGAUUCCUGCACGAUUCCUCUGCCUAAGUGGGCUGUAGAGGAGAUUGAAAAGGAUCCUGAUCUUGCUUAUACAGACCAAUGGGGAAGGAGAAACCAUGAAUACAUUUCACUCGGUUGCGAUACUCUGAACUUUGAAAGCUAUAGAUAUAUAUAUAUAUAUAUAUAUAUAUAUAUAUAUAUAUAUUUGUUAAUGGAAAAUUGAAAAAAAUUCCGGUAAUUUUCACUUGUUUAGGAAAUUCAAGUUGGAAUGGGUCCUGCAGGGGAGCUUCGUUAUCCCUCUUAUCCAGAGGCAAACGGUACAUGGAGGUUCCCUGGAAUCGGAGCUUUCCAGUGUUAUGAUAAGUACAUGAUAAGUAGCUUGCAAGCAGCAGCAGAUGCACACGGCAAGCCCGAAUGGGGAACCACAGGCCCCACAGAUGCGGGCCAGUACAACAACUGGCCCGAAGAUACAAACUUCUUCCGUAAAGAAGGCGGCGGAUGGAACAGCCAGUACGGCGAGUUCUUCCUCUCAUGGUACUCACAAAUGCUCCUCGACCACGGCGAGAGGAUACUAAAAUCGGCCAGCGGCAUUUUCAGAAACGAGGCCGUGAAAAUCUCAGUCAAGGUAGCGGGUAUCCACUGGCACUACGGGACCCGGUCCCACGCCCCCGAGCUGACAGCUGGCUACUACAACACCCGAUUCCGAGAUGGGUAUUUGCCGAUCGCCCGCAUGCUCGGCCGCCACAACGCGGUGUUCAACUUCACGUGCAUCGAGAUGCGGGACCACGAGCAGCCCCAGGACGCUCUUUGCGCGCCGGAGAAGCUCGUGCGCCAGGUGGCGAUGGCCGCGCAGGAGGCGCGGGUCCCGCUAGCUGGGGAGAACGCCCUACCUAGGUACGACGAGACAGCGCACGAGCAAAUCUUGAGGGCUUCGGCUUUGGAGGUGGAUGGUGAUUCGGUCGAGAUGUGUGCGUUUACGUAUUUGAGGAUGAAUCCGGAUUUGUUCCAUCCGGAGAACUGGAGGAGGUUUGUUUCGUUUGUGAAGAAGAUGAGAGAAGGGAGAGACGCGCAGAAGUGUUGGGAGCAGGUGGAGCGGGAGGCGGAGCAUUUCGUGCACGUGACUCAGCCUUUGGUGCAAGAAGCUGCUGUUGCACUUAUGCAUUAGUGCCUCACUAAUGUGUGUGUGUGUGAGAUCACAUAUAUAUAUGUAGUAGAAAGUAAUUAUGUAUAUAUUGGAUAAUGUAUGUAUGUGUAAUUUCCUGGACUUCUUGUAUACUGAAAUGUGUUGUAUUAUUGAAGAAUUUGAGAAAUUCAAUUGGCUUUUAUCA